AUGACUCAAUUGUUAUCGAUUGGCAGUUGUGGACUGAUUACGGUAUAUCGCGAUUGUUUCGCAAAAAACAAAAGAGCAGUGGAAAAAAGCAACAAAAACACGGGGUGGCUACAAAAAAAGUGCGUAGCCAACAAAUUAAUGAAAAUAAAGAAGAAAAUUCGCCGUAUGUCUAGUGCAAGUCAUAUAUAAUAUGGAUGAUGUGCCCGUCAAAAUAGUCGAUCGCUAUAAACCGCCGCCACUAAUUUACCAAUUGCCACAGACGAUUGCCAAUCGUUUGGCCCAACUAAACAGUUCCAAUUACUCACUGGCGGACGAUGAAGCGUAUCAAUAUGACUUCCAGCUGGAGCGCAGUGUGCUCAACGAAUGUCAGCAGUGGCGUCGCAUGCGCCAGCAGCAACAGCAAGCACGCCACGGACGCCAGGAUCAGCGCAAGCAAGAACGUCAAAGGGCACUGGAGGCAAGGCAAAAGGAAAUGCUGGGAGCUGUUGAAUAUCCAAGUGCAGCGGACUUAUCCUCAGAUAGUGACGAUGAUGACGAUGACAAUGAGAUAGCAGUCGAGACACCAGCAACAACAACGAAAUCAAUAAAUGGUGCUGAGUCAUGUGAACAACGCGAAGCAAAGUCAAUAAACUCGUGCAACAAUUUCAACGAUAUACUGCAGCCCACCAAACUCAGUGGCACGACUCCCGUUGUGGUUGCACACCACAAACGCAACAGUUCUCUGAAUUAUGCUGACUUUGAGUACAAUAUGAACUCGACACCUUUCGAUAAUAUUGAAUUGAAGACCAUCAAUGAUUUGGAUAUUUUGGCGCAGGUUUUGCAUCAGACGCAGCUAACGCAGCAGCAUUCACAGGCAACUGGCCAAAACGAUGAGCAAGUGCAGCAACAGACGCGGUCUGAAGAGCAGCCAAAGCAAGAGGAGAUGCCUGUCGAGUUGGAAUUGGCUGUAACGACACUUGCGGAAACCAAAGCGACGCUCGAUAGUGUCAACUUUCAACUACACUGUGAUGAUGCCCCAGACAUUCCAGCCAUCUACCCAGCACCUAUCUACAACACUCCACAACAGCCGCAGCCACAGUUGCCGCAGCAUGUUUAUCAGGAAAUGAUCUACAAUCAACACUACUAUCCACAACAGCCGCAAUAUCAGAAUCAAAAUCAAAAUCAUAAUUACUUGCAUCACACGUAUGUCAACGGCUAUGGAACUCAUCCUUCUCAGCUGCCUGUCAUCGCUGCCAACCAAGUGGCGAAUGCGUUGUUACAGCCACAGGAGACGGAAACCAAGUCCAGAAGUGUGCCUGAUAUUUUACGUGAGCUCAAGAGUGAAUUGCAGCAAGCGGAGAAGCGACGCGCUCGAUUGCAUAGUCACCACAAUGAGAAUGACCCUCAAGGAACGGAGCAGACUUCGCCUUCCGCGGUAGCAACCGCAACAUCGAAGGAGAUACAACACAGCAAUGCAAACAAUGUAUUCCAAGAGCUGGCAGCACCACAAAAGAAGCUGGCGCAACGCAUCAGCAGCAUGGGAUUUCCCUUGGAGCGUGUGGCGAAAGUAAUCAGUCUGUGUGGCAUUGAUGACAAGAAGAUAAUCGAACACCUCAUACCACAAGGCGAGUUGUUGGAUCUUGGCUUUGAUGAAACGAAAAUCUCGGUGGCGCUUUUGAAAUUUGAUAACAAUAAGGACAAAGCGUUAGACUAUUUAAUUAAGUAGUUUCAAAUGAUGUUUGAAUGCAAUGCGCAGUCAAUACAAUUGCCUAAUCGUUAAACACACACACACACAAGCGUAUUUUGAUUCGAUUUGUAUUAUUAUUAUAAUUAUGAUAAUUGAGUACUGAACUUUUUGUUUGCAUAACUCGUACUAAACAUAAUGCUAACUCGCUUAAAGUGUACAUAUAUUGUAUGUGAAUUCACAUACUACAUUUAAUUUAUAUAUUUAUAUAUAUAUUCAUAUAUAUGAUGACAUCUGGCAGCAGCAACAGCAGAAUAAAUACAAUGUGCUAAGAGUGAAAGAUUUCAGUUCAUGCCCAACAUCAGCAGAUUUAUGGCGUGCUCCACAUUUCCAUCGGCCAGCGUCAAGUAAUUAACAUUCUGCGUGUGAUUGAUGAAUCCCAUGGCUGCCAUGGUCCGCAACUGAUCCGUGAAGCGAUGGCGGCGAUAGCAACGCGGCAGCACAUCACUAUCAUCGCCAGCCACAGCAUCGUCGUCAUCCUCAGGAUCAUCGGCAGCAUCGUGAUCUGCCGUCUCCACAUCCAUGUUUUCCACUGGUGCAUUGGUUGCUGUUGCCGUUGGCGGUUGUUGUGACUGCAACGAUUGAAAGGCGCGCGCUAGCUCAUUGCGAAACAACUCCGAGGAUAUAGCAGAAGUUGCACCGCCUGCUGCAGUUGUAGAUGCAGUGGAUGCAGUGUUGUUGCCUGCUCCUGCACUAGUUUGUGGCUGAUCAUCACCAAGCGCCUCGUCCACAUUGCGCUGUGCAAUAUUGGACAGCGAGUUAAAUGAGCUCAUAUCCACGCGUGCCAAAGCAUUGGCCAGCUGCUGGCGGCUGAUCUGACGGAUGUUGGCCAGUUCAUCGCGACGAUUGGCAGCUGCAGCGGCGGCCACAUUAACAGCUGCAGUGCUGCUGCUGCCGCCGCUACUGCUGCUUCCAGCGCCUAAGGAAUUCUCUUCCUCGGACGAUGUGGUCGACUCGGAAGCAGCCUGCUCUUGAACUGCAAAAAGCAACAACGAUUAAACUUUUUAAAAUAACUAUAACCUAUAUACUUACAUUGUGGCGCAGAACUGUUUCGUGCUAGCUCCUUGCGUAUGGUGUCCACAAUGAAGGAGGCCGCAUCACAGAUUAGUGGAUAAUCGCGUACUAGAUUCUGAACUACCUCUGGUUCGUGCAACAUAUUAAACAGCACCGAAUCUCGAAUUAAUGCCUGGGCGCCCAAAUUGCGACGAAAUUCCGGAUACUCCACCAGUAUUUUCUGCAGUAUAUUAAAGCGCGACGUCACGCUGAUCUGUAAAUGCGACGUCAGAGAGAAUAGUUCCUGGAUGUGUUUGGUAUUGAUAUCGCUGGCGGGGGGCGGUUGAUACGGUUCAUAGCCCU